GGCGGUGCCCGGCGUCCCGUGUGGUGGCCGUACGGAGUGCCACUACCCUGGGCCGAUGGGAGCCGCCCCGUUCGAAAGAACCGCCCCCAGCGGCUGCACCACAGCCGUGUAGCAGACCAGUCCAGGCCCCGCCCGGGACGGCAGCCGCGCCAUGGACGUUCCUAGCUCCUCCAGCUCCCGAUUCUCGGUCGGCUCUGCCAGCCCUAGCAGUGUGCUCCUCUAUGCGAAAGACCUCAAAAAGUGGGAUGAGUUUGAAGACCUGUUGGAGGAGAGGAGACAGGUCAGUGAUUUCAAAUUUGCAAUGAAGUGCUACACACCACCCUUGUAUAGAGGAAUUACUCCCUGCAAGCCAAGUGAUAUCAAGUCCAUCGUUCUCAAUUCUGAAGAGAUUAACUAUGUCAUUAAGCAGCUUUCCAGGGAGUCCCUGACGGGUGUGGAUGUGCUCAGAGAAGAGGCCAAUGAGAUCCUGGAGGAAAUGAGUCACAAACUGCGCAUAGGAGCCAUUCGGUUCUUUGCCUUUGUUCUGAGCAAGGUUUUUAAACAGAUCUUCUCAAAGGUGUGUGUGAAUGAAGAAGGCAUUCAAAAGCUACAACGAGCGAUCCAGGAGCACCCCGUGAUCCUGCUGCCCAGCCACCGGAGCUACAUCGACUUCCUCAUGCUGUCCUUUGUCCUCUACAACUAUGACCUGCCCGUGCCGGUGAUCGCAGCAGGGAUGGACUUCCUGGGAAUGCGAGUGGUGAGCGAGCUGCUCAGGAUGUCUGGGGCCUUCUUCAUGCGACGUACUUUUGGAGGAAAUAAGCUCUACUGGGCCGUAUUCUCGGAAUACGUGAAGACCAUGCUACGGAGUGGUUAUGCUCCUGUUGAAUUUUUCCUCGAAGGGACAAGGAGUCGAGCUGCCAAGACCUUGACUCCUAAAUUCGGUCUCCUGAAUAUUGUGAUGGAACCAUUUUUUAAAAGAGAAGUUUUUGAUACCUACUUUGUCCCAAUUAGCAUCAGUUAUGAUAAAAUAUUGGAAGAAAGUCUUUAUGCGUAUGAGCUCCUAGGAAUUCCUAAGCCAAAGGAAUCCACUACCGGACUGUUGAAAGCUAGACGGAUUCUCUCUGAGAACUUUGGAAGUAUCCAUGUGUACUUUGGAGACCCUGUGUCACUGCGCUCUCUAGCUGCAGGGCGACUCAGUCGGAACACGUAUAACUUGGUGCCAAGGUGCAUCCCUCAGAAGCAGCCUGAGGAUGUGCAAGCCUUUGUCACUGAAGUUGCCUAUAAGAUACAGCUUCUGCAAAUUGAAAACCUGGCUCUGAGCCCAUGGCUUCUGGUAGUUGCCAUUCUGCUUCAGAACCAGCUGUGCAUGGACUUCAAUGCCCUGGUGGAAAAGACUCUGUGGCUGAAGGGCUUAACGCAGGUGUUUGGAGGGUUCCUGCUUUGGCCUGAUAACAAACUUCCUGAGGAAGUGGUCCAGUCCAGCAUCCUCCUGCACUCUAACCUGGCCACCCUUGUCAAAGACCAGGUGGUUCUGAAAGUGGACUCUGAAAGCUCACAGAUGGUCAACGGGCUUGUGCCCCAACACAUUGCCUUCCUCAUGUGCUCGGCGUACAGGAACCAGCUGCUCAACGUGUUUGCCCGUCCUUCCCUAGUAGCUGUGGCUUUGCACAUGACUCCUGGGCUCAGGAAAGAGGAUGUCUUCAGUUGCUUUUCCUUCCUCCGCAACGUGUUUUCAGAUGAGUUCAUCUUCCUUCCAGGAAACACACUCAGGGACUUUGAGGAAGGCUGUUACUUGCUGUGUAAAACUGAGGUUAUGCAGAUGACUGGGAAGGACAUCAUCCUCACAGACAAAGGGAAUGCUGUAUUACAGUUCCUCACAGGACUCUUUAAACCUUUUGUGGAAUCAUAUCAGAUACUUUCCAAAUGCCUCUUGCAUGAAGAGGACUACUUCAGUGAGAAGGAGUACUUGGUCACAGCCAGGAAGUUCACCCGCCAGCUUCUGGAUCAAGAUGCCUCUCAGUGUUACGACGCGCUGUCCUCUGAACUUCAGAAGAAUGCCUUAGCAGCCUUCGUGAGACUCGGGGUGGUAGAAAAGAAGAAGUUAGACAGUAAAUAUUUGUAUUAUGUCAACGGGCCUGCCACAAGCAAGUUAGAAGAAAUGCUCGGAUGUAAGAAGCCAAUAGGAAAACCAGCCACUGCAAAACUAUGAUAAUCAUGGAGCAGUUACAGAAAACACAGUUCCAUAAUGACAGUCACAAAGGACUUACUCUGCCACAAAUGGGUGCUGAGAGGAAGAUGUGACGUCUGUCUCCUUGAGACCCGUGAGCCGUGCUUCUGCCAGGAGGAGGAGAGCAUGGGAAUGUCAGUGUGACUGUCCCACCAUGAUGGCUGCCAGCGGCAUUCGUGUCACUGUGUUGUCUAAUAAAGCAGUCUUGAAAAUGUUCUUGGA